AUGGCGCGGCGUUAUUCGCAUAAUUCUCAGAGAGGGAAUGUUAGUCGCUUUGUUGGUAAGGGUGAAAGGUACGCAGAGGCGUCAUAUCGGUUUCCGCCAAAAGCUGCUGCUCUUCCGCCCCCUCCACCUGACUGGAUUUUCGUGAACAAUGAGGAUGAGGAUUCUCGGUUGCAAAAGGAGUUGGUGCUACUUCGUGAAAUGCUGAAAAUGUCAACCUAG